CAUAUGUUUCCCUAUGUAAACUACAGGGACCAGAAAUGGCAAUUAGACUCAAUUGCCUUUUACUUAAAACGACACGAUUCCCAUCCUAGUUUCCCUUCAAACGACAUGAUGUCUCCAUUGUCCUCUCCUCAAGCGAACGCCGGUUACGCUUCUGCAUCUUCAUUCUACUCUCUUCCAUUUCCACCCCUCACUAAAACCCACAUUCACACCACCGUACCUUCCACCGGAAAACCCAAAACCCAUUUCGCCCUCAUCACUGUUUCAGCACAUUCGUCUUCUUCUUCAACUAAAGACGUAUGGAGAAGAACACAAACAAGCCUUUAUUCUGCUUCUCACAAGCACCCCGGAAGACGACAAGGUCCGGUGUAUUUAGACCACAGAGUCGACAUGGACGAGCUCUUGGCGUCGAUAAGCCAAACCCAGAACGAGGAAGAACUCUACACCCUUUUAUCGCAGUAUAAGAACCGGCAACUUUCUAUACGCUUCAUGGUCUCGCUUCUCUCUCGCGAAACAGAUUGGCAGAGAUCAUUGGCUCUUCUUGAUUGGAUCAACGAGGAGGCUAUGUACUCGCCUUCGGUGGUUGCGUACAACGUUGUUAUGCGCAAUGUUCUUCGAGCGAAGCAAUGGGAGCUUGCAUAUGGGUUGUUCGAGGAAAUGCGCCAGAGAGCUCUGGCACCUGAUAGGUAUACUUAUUCUACUCUGAUAACGUAUUUUGGAAAAGAAGGCAUGUUUGAUUCUGCUCUUUCUUGGCUCCAGAAGAUGGAGCAAGAUCGUGUCUCUGGUGAUCUUGUGUUGUAUAGUAACUUGAUUGAACUUGCGAGGAAGUUGCAUGAUUAUUCCAAGGCCAUUUCAAUCUUCUCUAGGUUGAAAAGGUCUGGAAUUGUGCCGGACCUUGUUGCAUAUAAUUCAAUGAUUAACGUGUUUGGAAAGGCAAAGUUGUUUAGAGAAGCAAGAUUGUUGCUCAAGGAGAUGAGGGAUAAUGAUGUUAUGCCUGAUACAGUUAGCUACUCGACCCUUUUGACCAUGUAUGUUGAGAAUCACAACUUUCUUGAGGCAUUAUCUGUGUUUUCUGAGAUGAAGGAAGUUAAGUGUCCGCUUGAUCUUACUACUUGCAAUAUAAUGAUCAACGUUUAUGGACAACUUGAUAUGGCUAAGGAAGCUGACAGACUGUUUUGGAGCAUGAGGAAGAUAGGGAUCGAACCAAAUGUUGUUAGCUAUAAUACAAUUUUGAGGGUAUAUGGUGAAGCUGAGCUUUUUGGAGAGGCAAUCCAACUUUUCAGAUUAAUGCAGAAGAAGGAUAUUGAGCAGAAUGUUAUUACUUAUAACACAAUGAUUAAGAUUUAUGGUAUAACUCUUGAGCAUGAAAAGGCUACCAAUCUCGUGCAAGAGAUGCAGAACAGAGGUAUUGAACCCAAUGCCAUCACAUACUCAACAAUAAUAUCUAUAUGGGGUAAGGCAGGGAAAUUUGAUAGAGCUGCAAAGCUAUUUCAAAAGCUAAGGAGCUCCGGGGUUGAGAUUGAUAACGUUCUCUAUCAAACAAUGAUUGUUGCCUAUGAAAAGGCCGGUUUGGUUGGUCAUGCUAAGCGCUUAAUUCACGAGCUUAAGCAACCAGACAAUAUUCCUAGGGAGACUGCAAUUUCAAUUCUUGCUGGAGCAGGACGGAUUGAAGAGGCUACAUGGGUUUUCCGCCAGGCUUUUGAUGCUGGGGAGUUGAAGGAUAUAACUGUAUUUGGUUGUAUGAUUGAUCUUUAUUCACGGAACAAGAAGCAUGCCAAUGUCAUUGAGGUGUUUGAGAAGAUGAGGAGUGCUGGGUAUUAUCCUGAUUCCAAUGUGAUUGCUCUUGUUCUUAACGCCUAUGGAAAGUUGCGGGAGAUUGAGAAAGCAGAUGCUGUAUAUAAGGAGAUGCAGGAAGAAGGUUGCAUUUUCCCUAAUGGAGUUCACUUCCUGAUGCUGAGUCUCUAUGGUGCAAGGAAGGACUUUCAGAUGGUAGAGUCAUUGUUUGAAAAGCUGGAUUCUGAUCCCAACAUCAACAAGAAAGAGUUGUAUCUUGUUGUUGCCAGCAUUUACGAAAAAGCCAACAGACUAAAUGAUGCAUCACAGAUCAUGAACCGAAUAAAAGAAAGAGGCUUUUCAAAGUUGUGAGUAACCUGAAUCUUCCUUUGUUAAUAAACUUUUGCUACUAUUGUAAAUGCCAUUUUUCCUCUGGUAAUGUUGUAAAUCGCAUUGAGUUGUAUUUUUUCUGUACACAUAUUCUAUCACAACUUAUAUUAUCUCUCCCCACCUUGAUGAUGCACG